AUGGCUCGCGUCCUCCACCGCCGUCUCCUCCUCGUCGCCGCCGUCACCUUCGCCGUGGCCGCUUCUCUCCUUCGCCCAGCUGCCGCAGUGCGCCCCUUUGUUUUGGUUCUCUCCGGUGAGGAUUUCCUCAAGGAUUCGGCCGCGCACCCGUCCCUCCCCUCUGCCGACUCCGCCGACGACGACGGGUGGGACGACUUCGCCGACGAUUCGCCGGCCGCCGACCCGCUCCUCUCCCCGUCAUCCUGGGCCCCUCCUCGACCCAACCAGCCCUCCCCCCUCUGGCGAUGA